UUUCCUCACUGUGGUCUAGCUAGCAAAUCUUCGUUCCGAAUCGCAAUAAUCUAGGGGAAUCGCUAACUCCAGGUAGCGUAGGUUCCGCGAUGCCACUUACCACGCCUUCGUCGCGCGAAAAUACCUCCCAGUUUUCUCGCGACGCAGCUACUCCUGGUUAUGAGGCGCCUUACAACGAACCCGCAGCAAAAGAACCGUCACCAGCUGGUGCGGGUACAGCUCCUCCCGAACGUGACGCGUUGCCGGUCCGCGUGAGAUUAUUUGUCGGCGGGCUGCCCGGGAACGUUUCCGAACAUGAAGUGCGAGGUAGAUUCGAGCCGUUCGGGCAGGUCAACGAAGUCAGCGUGAUUCUCGCCAAGUCGCACCAGCUGCUUCCAUCGUCCCAAUCCGCCGCAGCGGUGCCUCCCUCAUGGGAAACAAAUCCUGGCCGUCCAUCGCACGGGGCGAGCCGAGAUGCAGCCGAUCUACAGUGCAGCCACGUGGCAGUGUGUCGUGGCUUUGCAUACGUGGACAUGGUUCCCAAGUCCGCGAAGGCCCUGCACCAGUGCCUGUCGCUGUACAACGGGUGCAUGUGGAAGGGGGGGCGGCUGCGCGUGGAGGCAGCUAGAGAGAGCUUUAUCGAGAAGAACACGAAACAGCGAGAGGAGACGGAAAGAGGGGAGGAGAGGGAGGAGAGGGAGAGGACGGAGGCGGAGCAAAGCAGUGGUAACCAGGUUACGCAGGCUCCUGCGAGUGGGUGCCUGAGUCCGGAGGAAGUAGCGGCACUCAAAAAUCGCAAGCUGGAGCCUGUGAAUCUGGCCUGGCGUGGAGGGAAGAAGACCCGGCGCAUGCCGGCAGCAGGAGGGCCAGGGUGUGGAAAGCACAAGCGCAGCUUCCAGCGUCUUGCGGUCGAGCCUUCCCUUGCUGCUGUGCUCGCAAGUGCGGCUGCUGCCACCGCUGUUGCUGCUGCUGCAGAUGAUGCUGAUGCUGCUGGUGGCGCUGGUGCUGUUGCUGCUGCUGCUGCUGCUGCUGCUGCCUCUGCUGCUGCUGCUGCUGCUCGGAGGGGAGGGAGUGAGGGACUAGAAGGAAUGAGCAUGGAUGCGAUGAUGGGAAUCGGUGAAGGAGGAGCGAUGGCUGGUGGGCAUGCGGGUUUAGGGGAGGAGCAGGAGGAGGGGGAGGGAGAGGAGGGGGGGGAGGGGGGGUUGGAGAGAGAGAGGGAGAUGCAGAGGCGGCUGCUGCAGCGGUUCCUGAUGCUGGAAGGGGGAGGGGGGAAGGUGGAGGGGGGAAUGACGGUCAAGGGGAAGGAGAAGGAUGCGGAGGGGGGUGACAGGGGAGGGGGAGAGGGUGAUGUGGUGAUGAUAGAAGAGCAAGAUAGGGCGCAGAAAGACGAGGAGAAGGGGCAGGCAGAGGAAGAGGAAGAAGAGGAGGAAGAAGAGGAGGAGGAGGAUGGUCUGAAUGUGAACCUGACAUGGAGUGAGCCUACCAAAGACACCAAGAAAUCAUCUGGGAAGGCCGUGAGAGGUAGUGAUUCGAGUCCCAUGAUGCUUCCAGAAACGCCCGUGGGUGUGGCUGUCGGUGUGGCUGCUGGUGUAGCUGCUGGGGUGGUCGCUGGUACAGCAGCAGCUGCGAAAGCCGUUGAUGCAGGGCGAUCGCAGGGAAAGGCCGUUGAAGCAUUACCAGGGCAGAAAGGUGAAGCUUGCUCGGAGCUGGGGGAGGUGACAGCCGCUGGAAAGGAAAUACCUCAUGCGAGGAACAGGGGAGGUGCAGUGGAGGAUAAAAGAGGGGGGGAUGUGCUGGGAAAGGGUGUUAGUGAUGGGAGGGCGAAGGGGCAGGGGAAGGGAGAAGGGGCGGUGGGGGGGGUUUCUAAAUGGGAGAGGUUGUUUGCUGUUGCUUCGUGUGAUGUGGAGGAGGAGGAGGAAGAGGAGGAGGAGGAAGAGGAGGAAGAGGAGGAGGAAGAGGAGGAGGAAGUGGAGGAGGAGGAAGAGGAGGAGGAGGAUGAGGAAGAUGAGGUGGAAGAGUGGCAAAGGCCAAAGGUGGAAGGGAAAGAAGAGGAUGGGAGUUCCAUGGAGGAAGAAGGAGAAGACGGAAAUGGGGAUGGUCAUGAGGGAGUGCGAGAGGAGGACGAGGGCGAGGAUGGGGAAGAGGAUGGGGAAGAGGAUGGGGAGGAGGAUGGGGAGGAGGAAGAAAGAGUGGAUGAUGACGGGAGGGGUGGGAAGAGGGUGGAAGCAGUUGAGCAAGGAGCGGAGGGGGACAGGGGAGAAGAGAGGGAGGAGGAAGGAGGGGAAGAGGACAGAGAGGUAGGGGGCUGGAGGGAACGAGAGGGGGGAGAGGAGCGAGAUGGAGAGAAGGCGGAGGAGGGGGGUGAGAGUGAGGAGAGUGGAGAAGAGGUUGAUGAUGGGGCAGAAGAAGGUUUGGAGGAGGAGGAAACACAGGAAGAGGAGGGAGACGAAGGGCAGGCAGAGGAGGAAGAAGGGGAGGAGGACGAGGUGGAAGAGGGGGAGGAUGAGGAGGAGGAGGAGGAGGAGGAGGACGACGAGGACGAGGAGGAGGAGGAUGAGGAAGAGGAGGAUGAGGAGGAGGAUGAGGAGGAAGAGGAGGAGGAGGAGGAAGGAGGCGAGCAGGAGAAAUGCCAAAGGAAGGAGACAGCAGCACCGUCGUGGGACAGCCUGUUUGCAUUGGCUGCUGGGGAAGGGGAUGCUGGCGUGCAAGGGGAUGGCGCUGGGAAGCGCAAGGAAGAUGGCAAGAACGCUAAGGAGGAGAGUCGAGCCGAGGGGGGAGGGGAGAAGGGGAGAGAGGGAAGGAGAGAGAAGAGGAAAGGCUCACUUGGGGAGCCGGAUGCUGGGGAGGAUGGAGGGAAGCGGCAGAAGAGGGAAGAUUCAGAAUCACCAAGUGAUGAUGAUGAUGGAGGUGGUGGUGGUGGCAGCUCUGCUGCUGCCGCUGCUAGUAGCGGUGGUGGCAGGGCUACUGCUGCUGGAACUUCGACCGUCACUGCAGCUGCUGCUGCUGCCGAACCGAGCGGGGGUCUAUCAGAGAGGGAGGAGCAAGCCGGCAGUGCAUGGGUGCAGAAAUUCACGUGGAAAUCCCUCACCAGUGCUGACGGCAAACUGGCCUUCUCACUUAAACCUCUGCUGAGGGAGAUAGGCGGGAAGGAGGGAGAAGGGAGGGAAGAAAUGAAGGGAGAGGUGAAGGGGGGUGAGGCAGGAAGGGACGAGGAAAGGGAAGGGGGGGAGACAAGGGAGAGGGAGGCGGAGGGAGGUGGGAGGAAGGAAGGGGGGUCAUUGUUUGGGGCGGAAAUAGCAGCGCCUGCAAGAGCUGGCUUGGGUGAUGGUGCUGCUGGUGGUGGGACUGGUGGUGUUGGUGCUGCUGGUGCUGGUGCUGGUGUUGGAAUUGCAGGGAGAGGGGAGGGUGGAGGGAGAGGUUGGAGAGGGGGAAGGGGUGGGAGAGAUUGGGGAGGAGGGAGGGGAGGUAGGUUCGGGAAGGGGUGGGGAGGAGGUGGAAGGGGAGGAGGGCUGGAAGGGAGUGGAGGAGAGAGGGAGGGGGGAGGUUCAUCUGGGGGAGGUUUACCUGGUCUGUUGGCGUUGGAGGAAGCCAAAGGUGCGGGGGAUAUUGAGAAGCUUCUGAUGGAGAUGGGAGGAAGCUUCCUCAAAUCUGAGGCAGAGGAGGGGAAGUGGAAUCGCAAGAAGAGUGAGCUGCGGCUCGAGCUGAAACGACAGCAGAAGUUUGCUCUGCGGAAGCUGAUGAAAUAGAAGAGUCUAGUAUACAAUUUGCUUUCCUGCAAUAGACUCUGCAAUGUGGUACAACAUUCCAGUGCCUUUUUAACAUGCUGCUCAGUUCAGUUUAUUCUCCCCUCCCUCAAGCAAUGGAAGUAUUUGGGCCAU